GGCGGGGAGGGGGCGGAGCCUGGCUCAGCCCCGCGGCGUCCCCGGCGCCCCCGCUGCCCCCCGCGGCUCUCCCCGCCAGCUACCCCACCGACGCAGCCCGUACUGCCCCCCUUCCCCACGAGGGCCGGGGGCGCGCGGGACCCCCGGGUCGCGGCGCUCGCAGCUGUGUCGCCUCCCGCCGCCGAGGACGCCCCGACUGCGGGGCCUGUGCGUGGCCGCCGCCGCUGGGGAGGAGUCGGGGCGCGGGGGACCCCCGGUGACCGGCGCGAUGAGUGCCAACGAGGACCAGGAGAUGGAGCUGGAAGCAUUACGUUCUAUUUAUGAAGGAGACGAAAGUUUUCGGGAAUUAAGUCCAGUUUCGUUUCAAUAUCGGAUAGGUGAAGACGGGGACCCCAAAGCCUUCUUAAUCGAGAUCUCCUGGACGGAGACCUACCCGCAGACGCCGCCCAUCAUCUCCAUGAACGCCUUCUUCAACAACACCAUCUCGCCCGCCGUGAAGCAGAGCAUCUUGGCCCAGCUGCAGGAGGCCGUGGACGUGAACCUGGGCACCGCCAUGACCUAUACACUCUUUGAGUUUGCCAAGGACAACAAGGAGCGGUUCAUGGAGAACCACCACCCCGUCACCUCCACGACAUCCAUAAGCAAUAUCCUCUCGGUCGAAACUCCGAAUUCAGCCCCAUCGAGUAAGAAAAAAGACAAAAAAGAGCAACUUUCCAAAGCCCAGAAACGGAAGCUGGCAGAUAAAACAGACCACAAAGGAGAACUUCCCAGGGGAUGGAACUGGGUGGAUGUGGUGAAGCAUGUGAGUGUCUCUCGCUACCCCUCCCUCUCCUUGCCUGCUGCCCCAGUGUGAAACACUCCUUUUUUUUAUUAAUGAUGAUGGAAAAAUCUGUCCCAGUGCCGUGUAAUCAGAAGAAUGAACAAUACCUUUUUUUUUUUUAAUUAACUUUUUUGGUGGGGGCACACCCAGCUUGCUCAAGAAUCACUCCCGGCAGAGCCAAGCAGUUAGGGUGCUUGCCUCAUACACGGCCGACCUGGGUUUCAUCCCCGGCACGCAGUAGGAUCCCCAAAGCCCUGCCAGGAGUGAUCUUUGGGUGCAGAGCCAGGACUAAUCCCUGAGCAGUGCCAGGUGUGACUCAAAAACGAAAAUAACAAUAGGGGC